UAGGAUAUAAAUUUCAUGUCGUAUCUGCGACCGACAUUCUUUGACGCUGAGAGCGGGCGGGCGUCGGUAGGGCGGGCGGCUGUUAUCAGUACGCUGCGAACGGCCGUGGGCGGCGCACGAGAAAUGGCGCGUUAUACGACAAUAACACCUUCGAUGUCGGAGGCAGUGUUGCAGCACCUCCGAGACAGUUUCUUCGCGGAUGAACCCCUGAAUAAAGCUGUGGGCUUAUGCGAGCGAGGGCAGCCCCAUGCGGCUCUUGAGCGACUCUGCUCUGCCACCAUGCUUGAUGGGCUUUCCAUUGCUGUCGUGGAAGGUGAUACGGUGCUUGGGGUUGCGCUGAAUGGGAUAUUAUGACCAGGAGACAUCGAGCAGUCUAUCGAGAAAAUCCAGCAGUCUUCCGACGAAAAGUACAACAAGAUCUUCACCAUCUUGUACACGGUCAGCCGCGACCUGGACUUGUUUGAGACGUUCCAAGUGGACAGCAUUCUGGAGUGCCGGAUUAUCUCCGUAUCUGACGAGGCUAGGGGACGGGGAUUCGCUAAGGAACUUAUGAGGAGGAGCAUAGAACUGGCUAAGCAGCAGGGUUUUAAGCUGUUUAAAGUGGACGCGACCGGCUGCUAUUCACAGAGGAUCUGCAGCACCCUCGGCCUACGAGAGCUGAGAAAGGUGCGCUACGCCGAGUACUGCGACGAUGCUGGCAAUCCCAUCUUCAACGUGGAUCCUCCCCAUGACGCGCUUUCUAUCAUGGUCUUGGAGAUACCGUAAAAAAUUCCAUAAGUAUAACAGUCAACCACACCUCAGGCUAUCCUGUAUUUAACUCUAUGCAACGGCAAUAGCAGCGAAAUUACAAUGUUUGAUAACUUGAUGUGCUAUUGACUACACUUAGGUAGUGGGUUACUCGAAAAGAUUUACAAAUCUCCAUGCCUAUACAACUUUUCUCAAAGAAUACAUAAAAAUAAUCACACUUGAUGAUACAUGGGAUCUACUAGGUAAAUUUGGGUGAAGAAAAGUUGCGAUGGAAAGUCACAUAUUCUAUGCAAAGCAAAAGUGUAAAGAUAGACAUCAGAUAAAUGAUUAGUUGAUUAGGUAUCGCUUUUCAUCAAUUUUUUUUGAGUAACUCAAAUUGAGAUUGUACCGACAGUAUUACAUUUUUAAUGCCUAGGAAUAUACAUACGUGUAGAAUUUCAAAAUUUAAUUGUGAUUUAUUUGAUUAGAAUGAGUAAUUCCAGAUAGUUUGGUAUUGGUAUGAUAUUUUACCCAAAUACGUACUCUGAAAAGGUUAGUAUCAUCAGUUAUCGAAGAAAAAAUGACUCAGUAAUGAAUUUAUUUUUGGUGUUGUUUAAUUAAGUAUACUUAUAAUAAUUUGUUGCAAAAAAUAAUAUACAAAAUCUGUGAUUGAUUUAAUGUUUAUACAAAGGGGAUUAAUAACUAAUUAGUUGUGUGUGUAUUGAAUAGCACAAAAUAAUACUUAUGGAAAUACAUAUAAGUAAUGUUUAUUUAAAUGUCUGGCUUGAAAUGCGUUAAUUAGUGUAUUCAUGAUUGGACAUUUGGCAAAGGUGUCUAUGUGAUUUUCAGUUACAAAAUUAUGAUCCAUAUAUUUUUUUGUUGAUCUAUCGAUCCAUACGUCUAAAUAUACAGGGCUACUUGUAUAUAAAACCAGCAAAUUAUAUCAGAACUUGAUACCUAACAUAGACAACAAAUUUAGUUCUACGACAAAACUCGUAGAAUUAAUCUAAUAUUAGAUUUAAUACUAGUACGUAUGAAAGAAAUGAAAGUGCACCAAGUUACGGCCACGUCUCUUGAGAAAACCAGCAAAUUACGUAGGGUAUUUUAUGCAGAAGAGGCAAAUCCAAGCAUUGCUGGCUUAGUGUCUUCAAAAAGAGAAUGUGAGAAAAUAGGAAAGCGAACCCUGGUUUGAAUCAAUCGGAAAAUGCUUAAAUGACAGAGACUGUUACUAUUAGAAAUAAAACAUAAUCUGUGCGUAGUAGUACGUACAAGAAUCCUGUAUAUUUAUAUAACAGAAUUUUAUUCUACAUGCACAAAAUCAAGCCAUAUUCCUAGCGCACAUGCAUACAAUUUUUCUUUCUUUGGAACGUAAUUUUGAUGCUAAAAUGUUUAGAAUCGUAGUUAUAGGUGUAUUUUUAGAAAAAUAAUAAUUUAUCUACACUCUUGUAUGACUAUAACUAUACGUCGUUUUCUAGGGUAUUUACACAGUAUUAUAUUUUAUAGUAGUUAUUUUAUUAUAGUGUACCUAAAUAAGUACCUAUACCUAUAUCUCUAUACUUAUCUUUGAAACUGUAUUUAUGAAUGUUAGAUGAAAUGUAGCAAAGCGGAAUUGUUAAAGUUGUAUCUAUUGAAAAGUAUCUGACAAAAUAUUAAAUUGUAAGUUACACAAA